AUGCUAGCUAUCAUUGGAGCCUCUGGCAAGCUUGGUGGAGCUACAUUGAAAGCUCUCCUUGAUCACAAUCUGCUUCCCAAAUCUCAGAUCGUAUGCUGCACCUCGUCUGAACCUGGAAGUAAUACCUGGACUUCCCUGGAAAAGAAGGGUGUUCAAGUCCGCCAUGCCUCGUUCGACGACAAAGCUUCGAUUGAGAAAGCUCUUGCAGGCUGUGACAAAUUCUUCCUCGUCUCCACCCCGAAGAUCGAAAUGGAUUACAACGAUGCCCCUCUGGGUCAAGGUCGCGAGAAGCAUCACUUCACCGCCAUUGAUGCUGCCCAGGCCGCAGGUGUCAAGCACAUCUACUACAGCUCUCUAGCUUUCCAAAGCCCUUCCAAGUCGCGUGUCAUGCAGGCUCACAUUCGCACCGAGGCAUACCUUGCAGACCUGCAGAACAUUGAUUAUACUCUCCUGCGUGAGGGUCUGUACAAUGAGAGCUGGCCGCUGUAUGCAAGCUACUACCAUCUCAACGACGACCAAAGAUCCGAGGUGCCUAUUGGUGGCGAUUCUCCCAUCAGUUGGACCGCCAUCUCUGAUCUUGGCCUCGCUAGCGCUCUAGUCAUUGUUGCACCAUCAUCCGAAUAUGCUGCCAAAACCUUCUACCUUUCGGCUACUCAAGGUGCAAGAACCAUCAAAGAGGUACUCGAGAAAGUUUCAGCUGUGAAGUCAAAAAAGGUCACAACAAAGAUUGUCUCACGAGAGGAGCUCGAGAGUUAUUACGUUCGAGACAUCAAGCUCUCGGAGCCUGCUGCUCAGUGGUGGGCUGCAAGCUAUGAUGCUUUAAGAGACCAAGAAUGUCUGAUCAAUGACCCGACCCUGGAGAAGCUGUUGGCAUCAAAGGGUCGGAAACCCAUCCCUGUGGAGGAGACGAUAGAGGAAAUGCUUCGCGCUUGA